CAAUCACAAAUAAAGUAUUCGAAUAUACAGAAAAAGGGAGAGAGAGAGAGAGAGAAUAGUAACAGCCUAAUUUUGCUGUUCAAUGUGCAGUUGUCUUCUUUGGAUUCCUUGUCACAAGAGAGAAGAAAGGUCUGUUCAAAGUCUGUAAUUCUGUGUCCGAAAAUCGAUCGAAAUACUUGGCGAUCUAUCGGCAACACCGUUCGAUCAAUCGAGAUAAGAUGGGUACUAUGCAAACAUGGCGGAAAGCCUAUGGUGCUCUCAAAGAUCAAACCAAAGUCGGAUUAGCCCACGUCAAUAGCGAUUUCAAGGAUGUGGAUGUUGCGAUCGUUAAAGCUACCAAUCAUGUUGAGUGCCCACCCAAAGAGAGACACAUCAGAAAAAUUUUGGCGUAUACUUCUGCUGUUCGUCCUCGAGCGGAUGUACAAUACUGUUUACAUGCCCUAGCAAGGAGAUUGGCUAAAACUCGUAAUUGGACGGUGGCUUUAAAGACACUGAUAGUUAUCCAUAGGACACUAAGGGAAGGUGAUCCAACUUUCAGGGAAGAACUUGUAAAUUUUCAACAAAGAGGGCGUGUUCUUCAACUUGCUAAUUUCAAAGAUGAUUCAAGCCCUAUUGCUUGGGAUUGUUCUGCUUGGGUACGUACAUAUGGACUUUUCUUAGAAGAAAGACUUGAAUGUUUUAGAGUUUUGAAAUAUGAUAUUGAAGCUGAAAAAAUCCCAAGACUUGCUCAAGGUCAAGAGAAUAAGGGUUAUAGCAGAACAAGGGAUUUAGAAAGUGAAGAAUUAUUGGAACAACUUCCUGCUUUACAACAAUUACUCUAUCGACUUAUGGGAUGCAGGCCUGAAGGAGCAGCUGUUGGAAAUUAUUUGAUACAAUAUGCUCUGGCUUUGGUACUAAAAGAAAGUUUUAAAAUCUAUUGUGCUGUUAAUGAUGGAAUUAUCAAUCUUAUUGAUAAGUUUUUUGAGAUGCCAAGACAUGAAGCCAUCAAAGCCCUUGAUAUAUAUAAAAGAGCAGGUCAACAGGCCGGAAGCCUUUCUGAUUUUUAUGAUGUCUGCAAAAGAUUGGAGCUUGCUAGAAAUUUCCAGUUUCCUGUUCUCAGAGAGCCUCCACAAUCCUUUCUUGCAACAAUGGAAGAGUACAUAAGAGAGGCACCAAGGUUGGUCUCUGGGCCAACUCAGACAUUAGAAUACCCAGAAAGACUUAUGUUGACAUAUAAACCAGAAGCAGAAGAAGAAGAAGAAGAAGAUAAACAUGAAGAAAAUACAUUUUCACCAAUUGAUGAAAUUAAAGCAGUGCCAAUAAAUGACUUUUUAGCUUCAAAUCAUGUUCAUGAGCCACCUCCCAAACCCCAACCUACUUUUAACAGCCGGGACCCGGAUGAUUUAUUGGGAUUGCAUUUUGAUGAUCCAUUGCCUAAUGGAUCGGCUAUUGAGGAAACCAAUGCAUUGGCUCUUGCCAUUGUUCCAUCUGAUACUACUACUACUACAACAUCUGGUUUUCAAUCAAAAGAUUUUGAUCCAACUGGUUGGGAACUUGCUUUAGUCACCACUCCUUCCACCAAUAUCUCUUCAAUUCAAGACAGACAAUUGGCUGGUGGAUUGGACUCACUUACACUCAACAGCUUAUACGAUGAAGGAGCAUAUAGAGCCUCACAACAACCCGUUUACGGCUCACCCGCUCCAAACCCAUUUGACACACCCGACCCGUUUGGUGCCCCACCCGGUCAACUCACACAAUACCACCCGCCUAACCCUAACCCGAAUCCAUUCGGUCCGUACCAACCGAACCACAUGAUGGGCCCGGCCCCACCGAACCCUUUUUUCGAUUCUGGGUUUGGUCAAUUCCCGGUCAAUAACGGGGCCCACACUCAUACCAACAAUCCUUUUGGGACAACCUUAUUAUGAGAAAAGAAAAAAAUUGAGUUUUUUUUUUUUUUUGUUUUAGUAUAUAUUUUUGAAAUGAUUUGGGUCUUUUGUUUUGUGGGUUUGGAUUUGAUGAAUGGAUAUUGAAUAGAUAUGAUAUUCUUGUUGUUAGAUGUAAGGAAGUAGUUGUAAUAACUAAUAAGUGACUCAUGGUUUUGAUAAUAUGGUCGAUG